UACUGGUUCCAUAUAGCCUCGUGCACGCGAUCGGAGCUACAAAGCCGAGGUUUGCCGUUAGGCGUUCGUUAUCAGCAUGGGGACAUUGAGUACGGAGACGGUGCUUGUAGACUGACACGUUUUUUUUUUCCAGUAAAGGCAGCCGCAUGGUGCCAAGAUGACAGACGUCUCUGGCCCUGACAACGUCCCUCCCCGUGGAGACCGAUUAGUGUACGUUCCACUUGAGGCCCUCCCCAAGGAGCUGCUCGACAAAUUAGGGAAUUUCAAAGUGAUUGUCAGAGAUGAGACGACAGGAGACAAGAUUCAUCCAAAAGAGCGACUCGGGGAGGUGCUGGCGGAACUCAACCGUGACGGCGGAAACGCCCCGGGGGUGUCAAAAAGAGAAGACAUCUGCGAAAACUCGACACCUUCCAAAAACCGACCACGAACUCAGCAACCAGUUUCACCGGACACGACGGAUGACGAUUUUUUCCGUUUUAAUUCCUCUACUUCUUCUUUAAUAUCAUCAACUAGGCAGAAAUCAAGAGAAAACAAAGAAGACUCUCUUCAAACCCGAAAGAGAAUGUUGGAAGAUGACGAGGUGAACUUGUCCAGACAUUUUCAAAAACCUGAAAGUUUCCCUAGUUAUGAUGCUGAAAGAAACUCACUUAAAAGCCGAUACCAAACGGUUUACGACAACAGAUCCCAUGUCGCUGUUUAUGCCGAGCCAAAUGACGACAGUAGAAUGCAGACACGUGUCACCAUGGAUACGGAUCGUGAGUUGCAGACUUUCCAAACAAUCUUGGAAACAACGCCAGGGAAACGCGUCUACAACCAUAUGGAAAACAUAGAAACUCCAUCACGGAAGUCACCGAGAUAUGACGAUGCUGUUGCGUGGGAUUACGCCAGGCGUUCGCCAUACCGCCGGGAGCAGCCGACACCAAGCGAUGUACUCUCGAGUUACAGACACACGCGACACGAUGACGUCGUCAGAGCCAGGAAACAGCUGUUUGUCUCGCCCAGAAAUCCACGUGACUUGCGCAUGUAUUCUUACCAAGAUGAUAUCGACCCACAAAAGGAAAACUGCUCUCAGAGUGCGGCAUCCCCGCGGCCGCGGGACUACCCGCUCUACCCCUACUGGGCAGAGAUACCUGUCAGUCCUGAAUGCUCGUCAAGGCCUCCCUCAGAGGCUUCACCUAGAAGGCUAAAACGGAAACAAGUGUUUGCAGAAGAUACGGAAUUCAUUACGCCUUACCAGAAGGUGGAAUCUUCAGGAAGUGGUGGUACGGGAGAAAGGCUUCUGGAGAUGCUCAAUCCUUCAAAACGGGCUUGCUAUGAUUACGGUGACAUCGGUCCAUCACAAUCACGUGACCAUCAUGUGAACUGCGCAUGCUCAAUGAUGGAAUCUCACUUCCUCCAGAUGACGGAGUGUGCGUACAGGAACAUCCGGCGGAAGGACUCAUCACGUGAGAGUUUUGAGCAGUUCAACAGGGAGUUAACUCAAACUAACUCUGUGCUGAAAGAAUCGGUGAAUAUUCUCAGGGCCAUUCAACAGAUCUGCAGCCACAAGGAUCAACGCAUGAGAUAACCGAUUGAUGACAUCAUUCUGUUGGAGUAGACAUAUUAAUAUUGUCGAAGGUUAAAUGCAGAGACGUGUUUUCUUCUUUAUCCGAACAUAGCCUGUUUUUUUUCUUUCUUUAUUUUGUUUUUUUGCAUUUUGACACCCUCAAUUUUCAGUAUUUUCAACACCGAAAAGUUUUAAAGGCGCGGGCGCCAAAAAUAAAAAAAACUGCUGGACAGUAACAGAAAUGUAAUGUAAUAUUUAAAUAACUUACAUCGUAUUUUAAAACUGUCUGUGAGUAUAUAUGUAUAUGUAUGGUCGAUUAAAUGUUUAAAAGUGUGAAAGUAACGAAAAGCGAAUAAGAAAAUAACGAAACUGUAUUUAAGUGUGUAAACCAAUGAAAAUCUCUGAAAAUGUGUAAGUAUGAACAUUUCUUAGCAUGUGUAAAUUAAAGAAAGUGGUAAUCCAAAAAUUGGUAAGAGUAAUUAAAAUGCCUGAAAGUGUUACAAGUAAUAAUGAAUGUACGCGAACAUGUUAAGAGUGAAAGAAGUUCAACUAAAUUGUCAGCAUGAAAGUAAAUUGGAUGAAUGAUUUUAGCGGUUGAAAGAAAAGAGUUUUGCUGUGAUUUAGUGUCAUUUUUGUAAAUGAAUGGGAUAAUCGUUGCCAGAUUUAUUCCCUAAGAUGCCUUAUCAGAAGUCCGUCCAGUUUUUCUGUGGCUCGUACAUUGCCAGAAGUGCUAAAGCCUUUUUUGUAUGACCUAUUUUGUACGUUAAUAUACUAGAUUAGUUAUCAUAGAUUUAAUUAUUGUGUGAAGCGCUUUAUGAGUAUAUCUCGUCCACGGAAGGUUGCUCUGUUUUAUGUUCUGUAUGUACACAUUGUGUAAAUAUGAAGUGAAAAUGUAUUUACACGUAAUUGCCGCCCAAUAUCAGAAAUCCGUCCAUGAUUUUUCUAGGGUGUAGUUUUUAAAAUUGUAAUAUAUAGGUAGGUUUUGGUAUCUUCAUUUUUCUUGCCCGUCUUAUGCAAUGAACAUUUUAGGUGAAAGUAAACAGUUAUUUUUUACAGGUAAACCUUCAUGAAAACAAUAUCAAGAUAAACAGUUUGUUUGGAUAAAUCUAAAAAAAAAUUCAUCACUGUUGGCGAAAAAAAUCUACUGCCUACUUUAAGUAGUUCAACUGAUAUUCACAUUUCAGUAUCGGCUGUUAUCCCCAAUGCUCGGCGCCAUUCGGCAUUUUCCGUCCACGAUUAUACACCUUGGCAGCCCUGCAUUUCCGUCCAGCACUAAAUUAUAUCUUCGUUUAUCUCUCUCUAUUCACCAGCUAAUUAGCUUUCACUAAGGUGAACAACAGACGAGCAGAUUUAUUCAUGAUUGUGUUUCGGGUUCAUGAAUAUUCAUGUAUUUACUGUUCUAUUUUAUUACAGUUUCUGUUCUUUUUGUAAAAUGUAAACCAGUGAUUUAGUCCAACAUAUUAGUCAUAAAGAAUAUGCAUUACGCGUUUAACACAUGUCAUCUUCAGGUAAACAAUAUAUAUCGUUUUAAAUACAAUGUAGCAUGCGCAUUUACAGAAUAUUUAAUAAUGUUAUGCAGUAAGUCUAAUGGCCAUUACAUGAGUUGCAUAAUGCUGAUCCCAACUGUGAUACAAUGCGUGUGGUUUGCGUUUCCUUUUUUUGUAAAUAGAAGUAUAGUAUAUAUGACGUUGAAGAUGUGUGCGUGUAACAAAAAUGAAUUGUGUAUAUACGUGUAACUUGAAAAUUGUAUGUAUGCCUGACAUGUAAGUUGUAGAUAAGUUUUAUUGUACUAAGGUUGGCCUGCGGACAAUCUUUAUAGCUGGAGCCAGAUCUGAAGAACUUACCUGUAUAUUACAAUGUAAAUACAGUAUUUAUUACUCAUGUGUUUUCGGUAAUAGAUUUUAUAACACUUUAUUAUAUGACUAUUGUUAACAUUAUUACAUGAUUAUUAACACUAUUUAUAGCGUUUUAGCAGAGUGUUGUAAAUUGUGGUUUGUCAUCGGUUUGACAUCCAGCGUUGACACUGAAACAAAUAACCUGUAUCCUUGUCAACGCUAUAGAUCUCCAUGAUCACGUGACAGACAGACCACGUUUAAUGGUGUUAUGUGUUUAGCUGUGUGUGUGGUUUUCCGGGAGAAUAUCUGUCUCAUUUGAUCUUUGAAAAGUAUUACGUGUUUACAGUUAUUUAAUAGUUAAAUAUGUGAGAAGUCUAGAACUUAUUUCUCAGAAAAGAUACCCUAAGCAAACAGGGACUGCUCCUGGUCAAUUUACAUUCCAUUCCAUGUAUUAUCCGUCCAUUUGAAAAUCUAAGAAAAUAAACAAAAUUUUAAUCAAA